AUGUCGGGGAAGCGCCUUCUGGAUGCUAUCCAACUCUUCAAUGUCGCCAAAUCCGUCGCCGGCAAACAUCUUGCCGUGCGCCAGCGCCAGCUAGAUGUCUAUACGCGGACAUCGUCGCUCACCAAAGGCGUCAAACAGCAGGCCGAUAAUCUUAUACUUACAGCUCAGGCAGCAGCAGCUUUAGCUCGAAGAUUCAACGAGCCGCCACCGCCGACGUUCGCCCCAAGCACGCAGCCCGGGAAGCCGCCGUAUGACCAAGGACAAACUGCGAAAGGGGAUGGAGUUCGGAUUGCGCCCUCGGUGGAUAAUACAUCUGUGAAUAAUGGGCUUGGUGAACGUUCAUCAGCUCUUUCUGCGGAGGAGGCCGGGAAGCUUCAACGACAGGGGAAGUCUCAGAUUCCCGGCAAGCAGGCUGAACACAGCCUAAACGGAAGCUCCGGUGACCUCAACAUCAGCAAGGGCCAGGAUACUUUCUAUACUCCAUCCUCGAAAGCUGGACCGGUACAUUCCGCACUUCCCAGAGAGAAGGUGCCCAAGGUUACUGGGGAUGUCCAAGAAGGCAAUGAUGGGAAGAUUAACUCGGAUGUCUUCUCUUCCCCUGUUCGUCGUUCUAAUGGAGACACUGUAUCUGAAUCCAAAGUUGUAUCCGAAUCCGAUGAGCCUUCCGAAGAUGUGAUGAGGAACAUAUUUCGCAGCCCAAGAGUUGCGAAUAUCCUCCUGUCAAAGGAGAAACGUCCAUAUCCACGGAACGCUCCUUCAAAUGCAACAGCUCCUACGCAGACUUAUGUUGAAAGCAAGGAUGAUGUUGAAAGCACGUCCCAAGUCCGAGUCCUGGAUGCUCAAGAGGAUGCUUCUAAAGAGUUUUCCGUGUCCACCUCUGCUCUCGAACAUGAGAAAACGGAGCAGCCUGGAUCUACGUCAGCAGAAUCUAUGCCAUCAAGCCAAGAGACCAAAGCAGCAGAGCUGCCAUCUAAUGGCGAUGUUCCUUAUCAAAUGUCAGAAUCCCGUGUCCCUUCCUCGCGGCUGGGGAGAUUAUGGCAAUAUGGUGGAUUAGCUACCUCGAUGGCGUUUGGUGCUCUUGGUGAAACCCUUCGAAGGGCCACAGGAAACGAGAAAGGCGGCACUGGGUCGGUAAUGUUUAGUGCCGGGAACAUGGAGCGCCUUGUCGCCAAGCUAUCGCGGAUGAGAGGCGCUGCUCUCAAAAUUGGACAAAUGAUGAGUUUCCAAGACUCGAGGAUGCUACCAGAACCCAUAGCAGAGGUGCUGCAGCGUGUCCAAGACCGAGCGGAUUACAUGCCAGCCUUUCAACGUGAUCAGGUUCUCAGUGAAAAUCUGGGCCCCAAUUGGCGGGACCUAUUCGAAUCAUUCGAUGAGAUACCCAUGGCUGCUGCGUCGAUAGGACAGGUCCAUGGCGCUGUCCUGAAGAAGAAUGGCCAACGAGUGGCCGUCAAGGUGCAAUAUCCAGGCGUUGCCGAUUCCAUCGACUCAGAUCUAAAUAACCUUUCCAUUCUGCUCACUGCGUCGCGUUUGUUGCCCAAGGGACUAUUCCUUGACAAGACCAUUGCCAAUGCUCGUACGGAACUGGCUUGGGAAUGCGACUACAUCCGAGAAGCCCAAUGUGGAGAACGCUUCAGGCAGCUAUUGCGGGACGACCCCGUCUUUGUCAUUCCGGAAAUCAUUCAUGAAGCUUCUGGGAAGCAGGUGUUGACAAUGGAGCGUAUGAAUGGAAUUGCAGUCACGAAGGUCAAGAAUUUCACACAGGAACAGCGGGACUGGAUCGGCACUCAGAUCCUUCGCCUCUGUCUUCGGGAGAUCUGUGAAUUCCGGUAUAUGCAGACCGAUCCCAACUGGACCAACUUCCUGUACAAUGCGGAGACCAAUCGUCUUGAACUUCUCGACUUUGGCGCUUCGCGUGAGUACCCGGAAGAAUUCAUCGACACGUACGUCCGCACCCUUGUUGCUGCAUCCCGCAAUGACAAGGAGGCAUGUCGGGAGCUCUCCGUCAAACUGGGUUACCUCACGGGCUACGAAUCACAGACGAUGGUUGACGCGCACAUCAACUCCAUCCUUACCCUCGCCGAGCCAUUCGUGGAUUCCGCCCCGGAUAUCUAUGAUUUCCGGAACCAAACCAUCACCGACCGGGUCCGCGCUCUCAUUCCCGUCAUGCUCCGCGAGCGGCUCACUCCUCCCCCGGAAGAGACGUACAGCUUGCAUCGCAAGCUAAGCGGUGCGUUCCUUCUGUGCGCAAAACUGGAGAGCCGGGUACCAUACUUAGAUAUUACGACGCGCAAAAAGGCCGAUUUGCCACUUGACAUUGUAUAG